AUGAGUUCUGUCCUUGAAGACAUGCAAUUUAACGAGAAACUCGUCAAAAUGUUUCUAGAGCGUUUGCUUGCAGAUGUUCAAACGAUCCUGGAGUCCGGUUCUCAAGAUCUCACGGUCUCACAGCUGGCUGAAAUGGCGGAUCGGAUGUUAGAGGUGCGGCGGUUCCAGUCACCUUCCAUUGCUCGGAUCUCCACAUCCUCAUCGAUGGUGAAUGAGCAUUUAAUGAAGCAGGUAUCGGCCAUGGCGGAUGAGAUGGCCUCCCUUACAUUACAGCUCGCACGCCUUACUUCCAGUCGCUGAAGCAGCCGUUCCCGUUCGCGACCUCAGACUAUCGAUACUUGUUCGUAUCACACUAAUUUCGGUGUAAAGGCCAGUCACUCCUCCUCACCCUGCUCUUUUAGGCCAAAAUAGGGAAACCAAUCAGCCAGAGAAUAGACGCGACCGUUUUCUCUGGCUAUUCCGGCUCUGGUCGCACCUUCUAUGUUUGCGACACUGCGACUCACAGACGUUUCCUGGUAGAUAUUGGGGCCCAAAUCAGCGUUGUUCCCCCAACUGCAGCCGACCAUCGUUUCCCUAGCCCUGGUCUUCACCUCCAAGCUGCCAACUGUUCCCCCAUUCCCACUUUUGGCAGUCUGUCUCUCACCCUGAACAUUGGCCUUCGUCAGUCAUCCACUGGAUAUUUGUGA